AUUCUGAAAUUCACAGAUCAAUUUGUCAAAUUUCAUUAAUACAAUUUACAAACCCCCGUUUCAUAUUAAAUAAAAAAUAAAAUAAAAAACGCAUUGCUUCAGAUCUAAGAGAACUGCGUUCGUAAUUCUUACUCCACUCCACCUUACCAAUCGAACCGUUUCGGAAUUUUUGGAGCGGCGAUCUAUUUAAUCUAAUGGUUAUAGAUAAUUAUUGAGAGCGAAUUGAACUGGAUUGGAUGGGAAAAAAUAAGAACCGCACCGAUCUGCUCGCCGCCGGCCGGGAAAAGCUUCAACAGUUUAGGCAGAAGAAGGAUAAUAAAGGGAAUACUAGUAAAUCUUCGGGUAAAGCUGGUAAACCAGGCCUCGAUACAACAGCUACCGCUGCAACUGAAGCAGCGGUAACACAGCAGCAUGCUGAAGAUGGAGAAAGCUCAGCACUUACUAUUCCUUUAUCAGAAUCAAGUUCUAGAGUGGAUUCAUUGGCAAGUGAUACUGCUGCGGCCACUGAUGAACUUUCAGCAAAGCCAGGUGUUCUUGAAAUCGCAUCCCUUUCGAGGGCUGCAGAAUCUCCAAUAGAGGGUUCUGGAGUGGAUGAUACUAGGUUGGAGCAAAGUGCUUAUGAUGGACACGAUGUUGAUAUUGGGCCCCUACAGAAAGAUUUGGUACAUGAGGAUGGAAAAGAUAACGUGCCAGGUGCCUCAGAUCCAAUUAUUCUUGAAGAGAAUUCUGCAGAUCCCGUUAUAUCUUUGCCGAUUGAUGGUUCAUCCAUACUGGAUAGGCAGCAUCUGGAAGAGCAGGUAACUGAUAUAGGGGCAAUGCAGGAAGUUAGCAAUUCUUGUGGGAAUCAAAUCUAUGAGGGUAUGGUGACGCAGCUUGAAGGGGAUGGUAAUCUUUCUUCAAAGGAUCUCAGUGAGAAAGCUGGAGACAAUGAGAUAGCUGAUUCAGGGAAUACUCGGGCAGAUGAGGAAACCCAUGUUGCCACACAACUCAGCAAAACUGACAAUGCUUCAUUAACUGGUGAUGGUGGUAAUGAUGCCGAAGUAGCUCAGCAGAGAGAAGUUAUAUUGUCUGGUUCGUCAGAUGAUGAGAAAAAAGAAGUGCUUCAUAUAUCAGGUGGUGAUGGUAUAAUCCAUAUCGAAGACAGUCAGGCAAGCUCUGGUUUGGUUGAUGCAGAAAGAUUUUCGGAGUCUAAAACUAAUGAAAGUGAAAAAUCUUUAGCGAGUAGACCAGUGGAUUUGUCAUCGGUAUUAGAUGGAAGUGUGAUCAAGCUUUCCCAGCUUGCAGAAAUUUUACGAGUACUUGAUGAAGAUGAAAUCAGGUUCCUGUCCAUAUCAAGAGAAUCAUCAUUUGAGAAAUUUAAGGAUAUGGGCGAGGUGAAAGUCAAUGAAUCUGCUGUUCAUGAUGCUUUUGAAAGGCUCAACGAGCACUUAUAUGUUACAAGUGUUUCAAAGGACGCAUUUCAGUUACAUCUUUCUGAACAUCAAACCUUGAUCGAUGAAAUGUGUGCAGUCAACACUUCACUCAUUGAAGCGCAACAGAAAAAUGAACUAUCUGCUGAAGAAAUUGUGCAGUGUAGGUAUGAACUUCAGGAGGUUGCUUCAGAUAGAGAAGAGCUCCAAAAGCAGCUUGACUACUCAAAAGCUGAGAUUGAAGAUUUUGCUGCUAAAGUAAAUGAAUUGCAAAAUAAGCUAGAAAUGGCGCAAGGGGGGAUGUCAAGCCUAUCUUCAGAGCUAGUUGACUGCAGGAAUUUGGUGGAGGCCUUGCAGGCUGAAAAUGAACAAUUAAAUGGGAGUUAUAAACUGAUGGCUGAAGAGAAAAAGAAACUUUCAGAAGAGAAUGGAACUAUUUUGCUCGAGAAUGAGAAAUUGGUAGGAGAAUUAGCUCAGUCCGAAGCUUAUUUAGAGUCGCUGCAAACUUUACUCAGAGAUGACAGGGUACGACUCGAGGAGGAAAAGGAUUCUAUGCUUCGUGAGAACAGUGUAUUGCUUGUGGACUUGGUAGUGUAUAAGAGUACAGUAGAAGCUCUUGAAGUGGAAAACAAAAACUUAAAUGAGGUCUUGACAUCUUUAUCAAAAGAGAGAAAGAAGAUUGAAGAGGAAAAAACAUUAGCGGUCCAUCAGAUUGAACAAAUGUCAAAAGAGUUUAUGGACUGCAAAGAUUUGGUUGUCACUCUUCAAACAGAGAUCUCCGACUUAAAUGGUCGUCUCGCGAUCAUAACAGAGCAGAAAAUCAAGUUUGAAGAAGAGAAGAUGAGCAUUUUCAGUGAGUACGAAAAGCAAUCUCAUGAGUUGGUGGAGAUGAAAGGUCUAGUAGCUGGUUUGCAAGCAGAAUGCAGUAAGGCCGUGGAUGACCUUAAAGAAGCAACAUUUGGCAAUAAUCAACUCAAUGAAGAAAAUGAAAAACUCGUUUCUGAUUUAGAGUUUCACAAGCUUCAAAUAAAAGAAUUUCAUCAAAAGGAGCACUCAUCUCAGCACGAGGAAAUUGAAAGGGACAUUGGUACAUUACAGAAGCCUAAUUUUGACUCGUCAUCUCUGCAACAGCUGAAAUUGGAUGUUUAUGAUGAUGCCUCUGGAUUUGUAGCAUUACAAAGGAACUUGGAGGAUGCUGUAAUAGUAUUGCAGAAACUUGAGAAGGAAAUUGACAGUAUGCAUUGCUACUCGACUUCCUUGAUUAAGCCAACUAAUAAAGUUGCACCUGGAGUGUCUAGAUUGAUUCAAUCUUUUGAGUCAAAAGGUCAUGCCGAUGACCAAGAUCCAGAACAAGCCCCUUCAUCCGAAAACCAAACAGCUGAAGAUCCAUACACGAAGACCAAAAUGGUGGCCGAAAACCUGAGAGUCCGCCUCAAAGCAUUGGUAGAUGAUGCUCAGAAUGCCAGUGAAUUCUGUAAAGUAAUGCAGAGUAAACUACUUUCUGAUGCUGCUGGGACAGCCAGGAGCCAGUAUGAUUCGUUGAGAGAGCACACUGAACAAGUGGAAGAAGCAAAUAUAGAGCUUAUGGUUCUAUACGAGGCUAUGAAAGAGCAUGCCUGUCAUGCUGUUGCAAAAGAGGAGAGAGCUGCUCAUUUUUGUGAUGUCCUGCAGAAGCAAGAAGUGGUUCUGAAGUCCGAGAGUAGUCAACUUAGAGAGAAGCUGAAUGACUUUCAAGCCAAAAUUAAUGAGCUGCAGAGCCAGUUGGAUGGAACUUGUAAAGAUUCAGUUGAGAUGUUUGCUUCUAUAUCCAAUCAAGUGCAAACUCUCCAGGCAGAAGUGGCUGAUAGGGAAUCAAUUCUUGAAGAAGAAUGGAAGUCCGUGUCUGAUCAGGUUCUUCAGACAAUUGGUGUGCUAGAUUCUACCGUCAAGACAUUCAAUCUCAGCUCUUCGGCUGGUGAAGCUAGCAACCUCGAUAUUGUUGGCCGAGUUGCUGCUUCUGUUAGUGGUGCCGACAAAGUGAUUAAAGAUCUGCAUGGACAACUUGAAGCUGCUCAGAGAGACCGUCAAGAAAUUUCAGAUAAAAAUAUUAUUGCUUUAAAUACAUUGCAUAGACUGUACAAUGAACUCAGUGAACUUUUGAGCAGAACAUUAGGGUACUACCCAGAUGAGACAAGAAAUGUUGUGGUGGAUGGUGAAGUCCUGGAUCUUUUACAGCCUGAUAUAUUCAACACCGUCUUAGACCAAUUAGAAAAACUUUUUGGUGAGAGAUCUCAGCUCGUGUCUGAAAAUAAACAACUCAGCUCAGACUUGAUGAACAGAGCAAGAGAGACUGAUAAACUGGAGAAGCAAUGUCUUAAAUCAGAUACUAUAAUGAAGUUGGUUGAAGAGAUUGAGCAAUCAGUGAGGCUGGAGGGGAUAGAGACGGAUGCAAAUGAACCUGCUUCGCGCUUGGAGUCUCUGAUCCAUUUUCUUGUUCAGAAAUACAAAGACGCUGAUCAGGACUUAAGUUUAUCCAGAUCAUUGGAAAUGCAGUUAAGUGAUUUGCGGGGACAAGUGGAACACUUGAACAUUCUUCUUGUUCAAACUGAAAAUGAAAAUCUUGUUUCCAAGAAGAGUUUGAAGACUGCUGAGGAGGCUGUUAUUGCUCUUAAUUCUGAAGUAGAAGAGAAAGUUGUUGCACUUGAACAGUCAGAGCACCGAGUGUCAUCUCUUAGAGAGAAGCUAAGUAUUGCUGUUACAAAAGGGAAAGGUCUGAUUUCGCAGCGCGAAAGUCUCAAGCUAUCCUUAGCUGAGACGUCAAAAGAACUGGAGAGAUACACGCAGGAAUUACUCUCUAAAGAUGAUAGGAUUCAUGAACUUGAAACAAAACUAAAAGUCUACUCUGAGGCAGGUGAGCGCAUGGAAGCCCUAGAAUCUGAGCUCUCGUACAUUCGCAACUCCGCUACUGCACUGAGAGAAUCAUUUCUUCUGAAAGAUUCUGUCCUUCAGAGAAUAGAGGAGAUUCUAGAAGAUUUAGAGCUGCCGGAGCAUUUCCAUUCCAGAGAUAUAAUCGAAAAGAUAGAUUGGUUAGCGAAAUCAGUUGGCGGUAACUCCUUGCCGCUUGGUGACUGGGACCGGAGAAGCUCAAUUGGAGGAGGUUCAUAUUCUGAUGCUGGAUUUGUUGGUGCUGAUGGCGUGAAAGAAGAGAUGGAGCCAAACCCUAGUGAUGACUUAAGGUGGAAAUAUGAGGAAUUGCAAAGCAAAUUUUAUGGGUUGGCCGAACAAAAUGAGAUGCUUGAGCAGUCAUUAACGGAAAGAAACAAUCUUGUGCAGCGGUGGGAAGAAAUUCUGGAUAGACUAGAUAUGCCUUCUCAACUGCGAUCAAUGGAGCCUGAAGAUAAAAUUCAAUGGUUGUUAGGUGCAUUAUCGGAGGCUCAGAACCAUUGUUAUUCUCUCCAGCAGAAGAUUGAUAACUUGGAGAAGCUUUGUGGAUCUUUAACUGCUGAUGUGGAAGAUUCACAAAGAAGAACAUCUGAGUUUGAGACAGCCUUCCAGCAAGCUUGUGUAGAGAAAGACGUCCUAUCAAAGAACUUGGAGAUACUGAGUCGUGAUACUGACGAGAACUUAAAAAAUAUGGAGGAUUUCAUUACUGCAAAUGAGAAUCUUAAAGAUGAAGUAAGGAUGUUGCAAGAACAGAAGCUUCGAAUUGAAGAAGAUAUUCAUCAUACUGAGAAUGCAGUUCGAAGGCUUCAGGAUUUGGUUAGCGAUGCUCUUCAGGAUUCUAGUACAGAUGAUGUUGUACUUGGUCAGGAAGGUAUUGAACAUUUUGAAGAGAUGCUGAGGGAACUCGUAGAGAAGUAUAAGACACUUUUCUCAGUGAAGCCUGUUAACAUCGAUCCUACUGAUGUGCAUGUCACUGAAAGAGAAGAGCUGUCCAAUACUUCAAGGGACUCUGAGGAGCAGGGUGUAGUGACUCUGAGCAAAAAGUUGGAAGAUUCUAUGGGUGAACUAAUGUGCUUGAAGGAGGAGAGAGACAGAUACAUGCUGAACAGUCAAUCUUUACUCCGGGAAGUCGAAGAACUGGAAAUAAAAAAGAAAGAAUUGCAAGAUCUACUUCUUCAGGAGGAGCAUAAAACAGCUUCUUUGAGAGAGAAGUUAAAUGUUGCUGUUAGGAAAGGGAAGUCUUUGGUGCAACAGCGAGAUGGCAUGAAGCAAGUGAUUGAGGAGCUAAAUGCUGAGGUCGAGAGGCUUAAAUCUGAGACCAAGCAUACCGCUAUGGAGUAUGAAGAACGGUUGAAGAAUUUGUUAACUACCCAAGAAAGACUACAAGUUACGGAGUCUGAAAAUACUUAUCUCCGGGAUCGCCUGGCAGAAACAGAACGCUAUUUGCAGGAAAAGGAGGGUAGCUGGAGCAGUAUUUUGGAUGUUUUGGAUGAAAUCGACGUUGGCUUUGAGUUUACUUUUGAAAAUCCAUCGGAUAAGCUAAAGGAAAUAGGCAAGUAUUUACAUGAUCAACGCACUGGAUUGGACUCCCUUGAACAAGAAUCGAGAAAAUCAAAAAGAGCAGGUGAACUAUUGCUUGCAGAGUUGAAUGAAGUUCCAGAAAGAAAAUCUGGUGUGGAUGAUACGAGAGAGGACCUUUCUGCUAAUGAAAGAGAACUCGGUGAUGUUCUUUCUAAAGAUUUGGAUGUGUUGCACAAUAUGAAGGAUAUGAUAAAAUCAUGUUUCGAAUCAGGUGGUACUCCUGGUGUCAUUGCUCCACCUUCUGGUAGCUUACCUCGCGGGGUCAUGUCAAGAAAAUCAGAAACCAAGGUUUUUACGACUGAAAUUGGUUCUCUCAGGGAGCGACUUUACAACCAUUCAAAUUUGUUAAGAGAAGAAACUUCCCGGUUAUCUGAAGUAGUGAUGAAUGUUCAUAGAGAAAAUACUUCUCAGAAAGAGCUGUAUGAAUCUAUGAAGAGAGAUGUCAAGAAGUUUGAAAUGAUUGAGAAAGAGAAAGAGUCAGAAUUACAUAUUUUGCAAGAAAACAUUUCGUUGCUAUAUGAAGCAUGCACGAGUGCAAUUUCAGAAAUCGAAAAUUGGAAAUCCCGUGUGGAUGGAAAUGCAUUGGCAUCUAGAGCUCCCGAAAGGAACUUAAAAGUAGAAACUCAUACGAAAGGGAGAAAUGCUUUCACUGAUACUCGCGUUUUCAAUGAGGAAGGCAUCAGAAGCAUGAGCGACAAACUAUUAUUGGUCGUGAGGGAUUUCAUUAGCAUGCAAAGUGAAGUGAUGGAAGUUGGUCAGAGGGAUAUGAAGAGUACCAUAAUGAAUCUACAGAAAGAGGUUCACGAGAAGGACAUCCAAAGAGAACGGGUUUGCAUGGAGCUUGUUAAUCAGAUAAAGGAAGCUGAAAAUAAUGCAAAGAGUUAUUUGCAUGAUCUUCAGCAAGCUAAGGUGCAACUACGUGAUUCACAGAGACAAUUGGAUGCAAUGGCAGACGAGCGUAAGGUAUUGGAACAGGAAAUGAAAGAACUACAGGAUCAACAAACCAACUCCACUGAUUUGCAGCAGAAAGUUAACUCACUGACGGAUGCACUGGCUUCAAAAGUACAAGAAACUGAGGCACUAAUGCAAGCCCUUGACGAAGAGGAGUCUGAAAUGGAACAGCUGACUAAAAAGAUUGAGGGGCUGGAAAACGAGUUGCAACAAAAGAAUAAAGACUUGGAGAACAUUGAAGUUUCUCGUGCCAAGGCUUUGAAGAAGCUUUCGAUUACUGUGAGCAAGUUUGACGAACUUCAUUAUUUCUCCGAAAGUCUACUAUCUGAGGUUGAGAAGCUUCAGUCCCAGCUGCAGGAGAGAGAUGGAGAAAUCUCUUUCCUUAGACAAGAGGUUACUCGUUGCACAAAUGAUGCACUAGCAGCUACCCAGAUGAGUAAGAAGAGGAGUUCGGAUGAACUUCUUGACUUGCUCUCUUGGUUAGAUUCUUUGAUAUCUCGGGUACAGCUGCAUGAUUUAGCUUCUGAUGAUUCAAGAAAUGACGUGGUUGAUGAAUAUCAAAUAGUAUUACCGACAAGGAUUUUGGGUUUGAUACCUGAAUUCGAGAAUCUCCGAGUGGUGACACAGAACAGUGAUAUGCUGUUGCAAGAAGAGAGAAGUAAAGUGGAAGAAUUGGCUAAAAAGGAACAGUAUCUUAAGAAUUCUUUGCGUGAGAAGGAAUCUCAACUUCUCAUUCUUCAAGGUGCUGGAGAAUCUGCAAAAUCCACGUCAGAGAUUGUGGAGGUCGAGCAAAUGACAAAUACAUGGGCCCCGCCUGGCAACGUUGCACCACAAGUUCGCAGUUUGCGGAAAACAAACAACGAUCAAGUUGCGAUUGCAAUAGAUGUGGAUCAUAGUAGUGACAGAUUGGAGGAUGACGAUGACAAAGCUCAUGGUUUUAAGUCACUCACUACAUCAAAAAUUGUGCCACGGUUUACAAGGCCCGUGUCAGACAUGGUUGAUGGUUUGUGGGUGUCCUGUGACCGGGCACUAAUGCGACAACCUGCUUUACGACUUGGUGUCAUCAUCUAUUGGGCCGUGUUGCAUGCCAUGCUUGCAAUUUUCGUAGUCUGAGAAAUCUGAACUGGUUAUUUGAUGCAGUCUAGAGAUGACUUCACAGCUUCGCAUGUACCUGAGAUAAGUUUAUAAUCUUUCGUUUUGUAUAAUCGUCGAGUUCAUCAUGUAGAUGGUUCAUUCAUUUAUUAUUUUGUGAACCAAGAAACUGCGAUUUCCUCUUUUUAUCGUAACAAAUCACAGAUGGCUUGGUAUUAUUGUCCAAUAAGAGAAAAGCAUUACAUAGUGAAGAGUUAUAGGAGAUUGUAGUCUAUUAGAAGAUCUUUCUUUAGCUGUUUUUGUUUGUGGUAAGAGAUGCAAAAAUACACACCUUUGAAUUCUAGGUAUAUGUUAUCAGCCAUACCACUCAAGCUCAGAAAUACUAGAGCUUUUUUUUUU